CUCGACAAAAUGGUUUCAUCCAAAGAUGGCCACGAUAUCUGUCAACCAGAAGUGAAACUUUCCCUCAAGAAUAGGAAUAUACCCCGUCAUUUAUCCUUCAUUUGGACUAUUUUGCUCGAAUUGACAUCGAUGCGGUUUUACUGGACACACAUUAUUAUGUUUUUCUGAGUUGUUUUUUCGUCCGACGCCGUUUUGUAUUGAAUACCAACCCGCCUUGCUCAACUGCUCUCUUUAAAGAGAGCUAGCCGUCCUGCUAACCGCGGGGAGAUUCUUGUCUCCGGGAAUAAUUUCGGGAGCAUAUUUACACUUUGCCACUCUAAAUAAAGCGCGACAGCUGGUACCGAUACUGUCACCUAAGUGUUUCUCGCAGGAAGCAGGUUUUAACGCCGAGGACGCUCGCGAGUUGUUAGGAUCAGCACUUCCGUCUACAUGUUUACGUCACUCGCUGCCAGUUAAGUUUGAUGUUUUUCCAUGAGCACUGUGUGGAGAGGACUUUGAUUUGCUUGUACCUUCUGUCCUAGCAAAUCAAUGGAGAAGCUUCAAGACCUCAACCAGUCCGAGUUGCAGGAUUUGCUGGACAACUCGGAGCGGGUGGAGUCUAUGGCACUAGAGUCUGAUGAGAUUCAGAACAUUCAGUUGGAGAGGGAAAUGGCUCUGGCUGCAAACCGCAGUCUGGCCGAGCAAAACCUGGACAUGAAGCCCCGUCUCGAAACAGAGAGGGCACGACUGGUGGGAAAAUACUCUGAACUAGAGGAAGUGAGAGAGAAAUACCAGCAGCACUGUGCCAUGAGAGAUAGUAUCAUGGGGCAGGUUUCUCCGGAGGGGCUGUUGUCUCGUCUGCAGACAGAGGGCACCAACACAGAGGAAGAAUCAGAGGUUUUAGCAGAUGAGUUUCUUGAAGGUUCGAUAUCGCUGGACUCCUUCCUCGAGCGCUUCCUUUCCCUCCGCUCUCUGGCUCACACAAGACGAGUGCGCAUUGAAAAGCUGCAAGAAAUUAUCAGUCAAAAGAGCAAAGGAAUUGGCGAUGCUGCAGUGACAUCACAAACCUGUGCUAAUCAGGACGCUGGAUCCUCAUCGCUGUGGCAACAACCGCAGCCUCAACAGCAGCAGAGCUCCAAAAUCAGUGCACCCUCCAAUGCCUCCACUUCCGCUCUGCCCUACACCCCCUACCCUGUUGCUCCCCCCUCAGCCUCCACAGCGGCCAGCACUAAUCCUAGCACAGCGUUUCAGCCCUACCCCAGCCAGGGUCCCACCUUCCCUCCAUCAACAGGCUACACAGCUCCCAGGCCUGCAUUUGGUCCUCCCACUUGCCCAUACCCCACCCAACCACCAUUUCCUGCCCCGCCUUUUGGGCAGUUUGGUCCCACGCCUGCUCCGUAUCCCGUUCCAUAUGCUUAUGGAGGGUACAACUACCCCACAGGCCCCCAUGGCCCAUCAAACCAAUCACCCAGAGCUAAUAGACCAGCUUUUGGGGUACCACAACCAUACUCUUGAGCCACUCUGUGUGUGUCUGUCUUUCUCUUAGUCUCACUAUCCCCCCUCUCGUCUCUCUCCCUCCUUUCUCCCCCUGUUCUACCUCCUCCUCACCCUCAGAUUUGUGGUUUGUGUACCCAUGUCAUAUCCUGUUUCCUGUCUGAGGCUUAUAAAGACAAUUGAGAUUGAGCGUGUGCUUGUUUCCCCCAUGAGACCUCAGUCAGAGACUCAGUAUGGGCCACACAGUCUUAAAUGGCUCAGUUCCUGUCAAUUUUAAAGCAUGUUAUCAGUUUGCAAAAAUUCUGAUUUAUUAUUAUCUUUAAUGACGAGAGUCUUUUUUUUGUUGACAACAUUGUGUUACAGCUCAGACUUAUUUUGCUGUUGUUCUUUUUUUUCCAAUCAUUUUGUCCAAACUCUACUGAGACAGACAUGCCACACUACAUAAAAGUGUUAUGUUAGCAUAAUAGGCUAAUCUCUUGUCUAUAUCAACCCUUGUUGACAGCGUCAAUCCAGAAAGCACAGCACCAUUUUACAUUCCAUCAAAGAUUAAAACUCCUUAUAAAAAAGCAGAGCUUAUUCACUAUCAUGAAUAAAUUUAGACAACUUCCACGUGUGCAGAUCUGGGUGAGUUAUGUAUGCUUAGUGUACCAAUGCGCCAACCAAUCACUCCAAACUCUCCAUACCUCUUUUGCUUCCUCUUUUUUCCUUUCACACCCUUCCACUCUAUUUAUUUAAUAUACCACUUGACAAUGCUCGGAAGAAGUAAACUUUUACUCUAAGUUCUCUAGUGGGGAUGGUGUAUUUAACAAAUUAAACUAAUAUUAAAGGGAAACUGGAGAACAAGGGAUAUUAAUAUAGACAUAUCUAUCUGCUAUAGCACAGGAUUUGGUGGGGAAGUUGAGGCAUAACAUAGCACAGAGCAUAUGCAAAGGAAAUAGGAGUUUCAUAACAUGCUUACUUUAGUAAAUAUAGCAUUCUACACCUACCGUUAAUGUAGAUAGUCCUUUUGUGGUAAAACUAUGCAGACGAAUGCCUGGCUGCAUAUUUUACACUGACAUUUAGACCGAGCGAGACAUUUGAUGGUCUUGUACAGCUAGAUGCCCAGUCUGUUUCAGAGGCACUUCACCCCAGAAUCAUACGCCGGGUGGGACUGGAUCUAGUUAACCAACAGAAUGCUUUAUUUUGUGGUUUGAUUUGAGUCCACCUUCAGAUUCAACCACAUGAACAGCCCACUAGACCACAGUUGUAAGCCUAUCCAUCAAAACGGCCUGUGCGUGUCAUUGCGUGGUGUUAUGUAGAUCCGUAAAAGCCCCAUCUAUUUGAGACCUCCUUGUCGGCCAACUAGAGGACCAUGUGAAUCACACUAGCACUCCACACUAACAGUCCCAAACUCUUUGGCAACAGGAGCUGGGAGCGGGGCCUUCGAACCAUCAGCUCUAGAAUAGACGUGCGGGGUCUCUCUUUAUUUUUGUACUUAAAAGCAAUUCAAAACCAGAGGCAUCCUCAAUCAAGCCUCAGAGUGGCUUUAUCUAAUUCAUGAACUCAGGUUUGUAGCAAAACCCCCACGUUUAGGUUCCCUCCCCAGCACCUGGAGCAAGGGAGAGGGGUGAUACGACACGAGGAUGAGAGGAAACAAAUGGGAUGAAAAUGUUAUUAGCACAUUGAUUUGCAGCAUUAGUGGAGAGAAAUUCUGUUGCAUUGGUUGUGAUGACUGUAGUCUGUUAAAAGUGUAUUUUAAUUUUUAUUGUCCUUUUUUUUGGGUGUGAAUAUUAAAGACUGAAGUUGAUCUACAA